UAUGUCUGAUGAUGAUGAUUUUGAUGACAGUGGACGCUGCCGUGGCUGGUGUUGUGCUGUUGCUGGGUGGUGUGGUGGCCACGCACGUGUGCGCGCUGCUGUGGCUCGUGUUGGCAAAGGCAGCAACCAGGCAUGAGGACGGUGGCCGCACAAUUGGCGCUGUGCGGCCUCCCAUAUCCAUGAUCAAGCCCAUCAAAGGAAACAGCCCAACAUUGCGAGGCAACCUUGAGUCGUGCUUCCGAGCUCUUUCGCCACAGGAUGAUGAGAUACUGAUGUGUGUGGAGACAGAAGAAGACCCGGCCCUUGCCAUCGCGCGGCACGUUGCUGCUUCAUACCCCAACAUCACCUGCCGCUUCUUCACGCACGCUUCCAGCGUGGGUGUGAAUCCAAAGAUCAACAACAUCUAUGACGCCUUCCAUGCUGCCGCACACGACUUUGUCUGGAUCCACGACGCCAACGUCUUCAUCAACGACCCUUCCACGCCAGCUGUGAUGGCUCGUACGCUUGCGUCAUCACCAUCAGUUGGCAUCGUGCAUCAACUGCCCAUCAUAGCGCCAGCAGUGGACCUCGCAAACACAAUCGAAGAGGUGUACUUUGCAACGCAGCAUGCGCACAUGUAUGUGUUUGCGAAUGUGACGGGUGCCAACUGCGUCAAUGGCAUGUCAAACAUGUUUCGCCGAUCCACGUUCAAAGCUAUCUGUGGAGAUCUCACGUCCGUUUCGCAUCACAUCGCCGAGGACUUCUUCAUCUCAAAGGCGCUGCAUGAUGCUGGAUUGCGUCAUGUGCUGGCCCCGCCCCCCGCCGUGCAGCGGCAGCAGCCGCGAGCCAUUGCCAACAUCGCUGCUCGACACCUUCGCUGGGGACGACUGCGACGCGGUAACACGCCGCUGCUGGCAUUGCUCGAACCGCUGACAGAACCACUCAUCCUCAUCGUCAUCGCAUGCACUCUCCUCACUGUCUGCUGCCCUGGUGGUGGUGGUGGUGAGAGCACACGACUGCCGUCGUCGGUAGUCGUGGGUGGUCUUGACGUCGUGUCGUGGCGCACAGCCAUUGCACUGCUUGCUGGCGUGUGGCUGGCCGUGGAUGCAGCCACCAUUGCUCUUCUUCGCUCCAUGUGCACUCGAGUCAAUGGCAGUCUCUCACAACAGCAGCAGCAGCAGCAGCGGAGCUUGUGCACCAUCCCUCUGGCCUGGCUCAUCCGACAGGGGAGUGCGGUGCUGCUGUAUAUUGGGGCGCUGUCGUCGCGUGAUGUGCACUGGCGCGGGCGGCAGUACCAUGUCACCAGCACAGGCAGCCGCCCAAUCACCUGACAACGGCGGUGGUGGUGGUGGUGGUGGCGAAUGAUAUUGUACGUUUCUACACGUUGCGUUGUGUCGAUGUCAUGUGUCACCCAAGGCCUUUUGUCUGUCUGGGCCAAAUAUGUUUAUGUUUAGUUCGAUUCGAUUUGCAUACGCCAGCAAGCAAGCAAGUGUGCACACGUGUCGAUUAGCCAAUGACAUCACGAAUACAUAUUAAACGAGGGCAAGUACGGC